AUGCUCUUCGCUGCCAUUGCCGCAGUAGCUCUUGCGAGUACUACCUCCGCAUCAGCAGAACUGUCACCAACUCCUUGGUUGAUGCCCAGGAAUGGUAGUUAUGAUCCAAGCCUUAACAUCAGCGGAAUCUUGCCAUGCGAGGCUUUGAAAGCUGCUGGUCUCGGAGAUCGACUUCUGUUCGCGACCGAUGCCGGAUACGAACCUCAAAUCGAAUCCUGGUACUCUGCGAACGCCCGCAUGAGGCCAUACUGUCUCGUUUUGCCGCACAAUACCAAGGAAGUCUCUACUGCAUUGACUGCACUGGUUAAUGCCAAUGAUGGCGCAGGCGAUUGGCAUAUUGCAAUUCGUAGCGGAGGUCACAGCUGGCCCGGAAGCAACAACAUCGCCGACGGCGUGACUAUCGACUUGACUAUGAUGAACUCGAGCAGUUACGAUAAACAAACCAACCUCGCUAAGAUCCAACCCGGUGGCCGAUGGGGAAAUGUAUACACGAACCUUUAUAAAUAUGGUGUAACCGUGACGGGUGGUCGCGAUGGUGAUGUCGGCGUAGGCGGGUUCCUGCUAGGAGGCGGCAAUUCAUUCUUCUCCGGGCGAAUGGGCUUUGGCUGCGACACUGUUGUCAAUUUCGAAGUGGUGCUGGCUAACGGCACCAUCGUCAAUGCCAACAACACGACCAAUUCGGAUCUAUGGCGAGCUCUCAAAGGAGGCGGUAGCAACUUCGGCAUUGUGACGCGAUACGACAUGGAAGCUAUCCCAGCCAAGGACAUAUACUACGAACUGCGCAUCCUGAGUAGCGAUUAUUCAGAUGACGUGGUAGACGCUGUCGUUGGAUUCACUAACCAGAACCAGUCCUUGGCGGAUAAUGCUCUCGUGACUUUUUAUAGCUACAACUCUUCUGCCAGCCCCGAUAUCUACAUCGGUCUGAUCCACGUCAACACACAAGGCAACGCGAAUUCAUCGACGACGUUUGACAAGCUGAGAACUCUUCCCAAUUUACGCAAUGCCACUGCCCUUGAAAGUAUGGCGAAGGCUGCGGUUGGAUCUCAGGUUCCCGGCGGCACCAACAACUUUGGGACAACAUUAACCUUCCGCAACGAUCCGCAGAUCAUCCGCCGCUGCGUCGAGCUCCACGAGGAGUACGUCGAGACGCUCAAGCGCUCCAUAAAUCCAGACAAAUUCGUAACAUACAUCUUCUUCCAGCCGUUACCCUCCUAUAUGGCCCAAAUUAGCCACCGAAAGGGUGGGAAUAUGCUCGGGCUAGACAGCAUCCCAUACAACGGCAUCCUGUGGGACAGCGGCGUCGCGGUGGACCCAAGCGAGGGCGAGGCGGCGUUCGCAGUAGCACAGCUGGAGGCGAGCAUCUUCACGGCACGUGUCAAAGAGGCGACGAGAUCGCUUAACGGGGAGAUGGAUUUCGUCUACCUCAACUAUGCGGACGCCAGCCAGGAUGUUCUUGGAAGCUAUGGCGCUGCGAACAUCCAGCAUAUGCGAGAUGUGGCCGCUUCUUAUGACCCGACUGAAAUUUUUCAGAGGCGCGUCCCGGGAGGAUUCAAGAUCUCGAGGGUCGCUUGCAAGUCUCGGAAGACUAAAUGUGAUAGGCGGUUACCCUGCUCAAGCUGCGUGACCCUUAAUAUCGCUUGUCGGACCACUCCCCGGCCGUCCGAGAAGCGGCAGCGCGUCCUCAUAUCAUCGAAAUAUGAUGAAGCUGUACAAGAUGUUAGACGUCAGCUGAGCGAUGUCAAAGAAAUGCUCCAGGCACUUAUGUUGAGCAAGACAUCAACACCUUGCUCGACGGGGGAAACAUCAGAGGCGACACAUCAUACACCACCACCGAUGAUUGAUGAACAGGUCCCUAGUCUGUCUAAAGUUCGUGAAGGGUACAAUGGUGAUACUUCAUUCCAGUCACACGCCCAUCAAGUCAAAAAUGCUUUAGAAGCAGCACUCGCUGCUUCCGAACUUCUCAACGUUGACACUCAGGAGGCCUCAACGACACUAUCCCCCCGGAAAGUCGCAGAGCUGCUCCGUGGCGCAGAAGCGUCCGAUACCACACCUUCAGCGCCAGCAGCCACGUCUUCUCUUCCCUCAACAGAUGAUUUAGAUUUUGGAAAACUACCGUUGCCCCCGGUAGAUCUUGUUCUCAAGCUUCUACGUUUAGCUAAGUCUCACAAGCAACAGUUCUUCGUAGACAUCCCCUUUUUCCAGGAGGAUGAAUUCAUUGACAUGUGUCGAGGCGUCUACUUUGCAACAGAACCUAUUUCGCUGUGGACCUGGAUAUGUGUCAAUGUUGGCCUCUACCACCUCUUUUCGGGCGUCAACGAAGUCGAGCGUGGGCGCAUGGGUACCACUGUCGAAGCGAUGCGCUCGCACUGUGGGUUGUUGAAGGCAAAUGCAGACGCAGCGAUGCAGUGUCUUCGUUUAUGUUCGGAGCCCUCGAGGGAGUCGUGCCGAGCCCUAGCACUACUUGGCUCCUUUUAUGUUAAACAAGGGCACAGCACGAUCGCAUGGAGGUUAAUCAGCGCCGCCGCGAGAGCUUGUCUGGACUUGGGCUUCCAUCGUCUAUCUGAAAAUGUUGGAAGUCAGGAUCAAUCUCAAAAAGCUUCCGUAUUCUGGAAUAUUUAUUGCUGGGAAAAGGGGUUGGCUAUGACAAGCGGCAGAACACCUAUCAUUCAUCACUAUGACGUGACGACUCCCAUCAGAACGGGUCGAGUUGACGCUCCAGCCCGAGUAUAUUCCGGUUUUCUCCAUCAAGCCAUCAUCAUGGGCGAAAUCCAACAGACCCUGUUUUCGGGGUCAGCGCGACAUGCCUCACAACAGACCCGUUCUGAAUAUGUGAGAGGGUUUGCUGCGCGGAUUAUUAGCAUCCUAGAGUCUGUCAAAUCGGCAACCCAGACGGAUCCUACAUGGGACGAAAUGUAUACAGCAGCCGCCUUAUUGGUCGAAUUGAUAUCCUACUCUCUUCUCACUAUUGUGUACCGAAUACUCCCACCCCGUUCCACGCAACCUCAUCCACUGCAGUGCUCGGAUGAAUGCGUAGAUUCGGCACGUAGGGCAUUGUCGAAACUCGUAGAAGUUGGAGAUAAUGUGCAACGGAGAUACCCAGCAAACUGGGUGAUGUUUCUCAAUAUAACCUUAUCCCUGGUACCGUUUGUGCCCUUUAUUGUAUUGGCUGGAAAUGCCAUCGCGACAUCGUCUGAUACCGACUUGGCUCUUCUUUCUUCGGUAGUGUCGAUAUUAGCACCGACAAGUGCAAGUUCCCCCACCAUCCAAAAGAUUCAUGACGCUUGUGAGAGUUUUGGCCGCAUUGCCAAUCUCGUAGUAUCGAGCGCCAAUAAAAGCCCCUUGGGCAGUGAGGGAUACCAAAUACAAGUUCAUGAUCAUGAUCUAGCUGUUGAGGCUUCGAAGGGUUCACCGCGAAUGCCUAGCCCCGCCCAACCAGGCCCCGUUGAUUACGGCUUUCCCAUGGCGCAGCAAGAUUGGGAUAGUGUCAUGAUGGGAUUUGAGUCGGAGCUUGGUGACUACGACUCUAGGGCUUUGACUAAUAUCAUAGAGCCUUAUAUCACAAAUACGAGCUGGUGAUGCGGUGGCGUUGGGGGUUAAAUAUUUGUAAUGCACAUACUGUUGAAAUGUCUUUGAAAUUAAGCCUUUUCGAUAUAGUUGAAAUCUUGCUUAGACGCAAUACUUCGAAUUCCCAGUUGACUUAUAUCCCUCUUCAGGAGAUGAGUUUAUUUCGUGACGUGAGGCUCCGUACCAAGUGGUACCCUAUUCUCAUAAAUCCAUGUUGUCGGGCUUAGUUACGUCCAGUUCAUUGGAUAGUAAGUAAUUACCUAAGUAGGUAAUCAGGUACUUGGCUAUUACCGUAAAUGGUAGUUGAGGCCCUUGGCCCGAAAUUCCGGAGUUAACAUGGUAGCCAAG